CCCAAACACACCCUACUGCCAUCACCCUCCUCUUCCCUCAGGCACCAAGGCCAAGAAUAAAGGCCAGGAGAGUCUAAGGCGCUCUCUAUAUAGCGCGCUGCUUGGGACACGUGACCAGAAUUCGAACGACAGGCGCGAGAGCAACUCCACCCCUCCCUUCCCCAACCGGCACAGGCCGUUAGGGGGAUGAGUCAGGAGAAGCCCAGGGUAUUGGCUGUCGGAGGCACGAGACCGGCAUUCCAAACGUCGGGCGCGAGUCACUCUUCGGAAUCUCCGCCCCUUCUUUACAGCGUUUGCGCCACUUGUCCGGCCUGUGCGCUGCCCGCCAGUCAGCCGGCAGUCGGGCUCCGGAUGGGUGUGGAAAAAUGGCAAAGAGAAUUGCAGAGAAGGAGUUGACUGACAGAAAUUGGGAUCAGGAGGAUGAAACUGAGGAGGUGGGAACUUUCUCAGUGGCUAGUGAAGAAGUCCUGAAGAACAGAGCUAUUAAGAAAGCAAAGCGCAGAAAUGUUGGGUUUGAGUCUGACAAUGGAGGAGCUUUUAAAGGGUUUAAAGGUUUUGUUUUACCUUCUGGAAAAGGAGGUGGUGGCUUCACUGGAUUUGGUAAUGGUACAGAAAUGAAAUCUUUAGGAGGGCUGUCCAAUGGAAGCAGUGGUAUUUCUAGUACUCCCUCUUUCACUAGUGUAAAGACUGUUUCUGAAGUACAGCCUGCAUUUGUAGGAUCCGUGACAUCAAAUGGUCCCACCACCACACUGGUUGAGAAAAAGGCUUCAGGCACAAAAGUUAAUGGUGACAGUCAACAAUCUUCAUCUUCUGGUUACACUCAAAAUAAAAUGUGCAGCUCUAGUGUUUAUCACAAACAGUUAGCAGCUCUAAACUGUUCUGUGCGUGACUGGAUAGUAAAGCAUGUAAACACAAAUCCACUCUGUGAUCUGACACCCAUAUUUAGAGACUAUGAGAAAUAUUUAGCAAGCAUUGAACAACAUCAUGGAAGCAGUAGUGAUAGUGGCUCUGAAAAUGAAAGCAACAAAACAACUGGAACUCAGUCUGUUCCUACGUUUGGGACUUCGAAACUUCAGCAAGGAUCAACGUUUUUGUUUAACAGCAACAAAACUGAGGAUGAAUCAGACAAGAAAACUGAAUCUACAUCGGAAAAGAACAGGGAAUCGCCAUUAGGAGUUGCAUCAAAUGUCUCAUUUAACUUUGGCAAGAAUGUUGAUAGUUCUGUUUUGGGUUCACUUGGUUCUGGCACACUAACUAGUUUUUCAUUCUCCCCUGGGAAUUCGGGUGUAUUUGGAAAAGAUGCAAAGCAGGGAAAGUCUGUCUCCACGCUUUCCACCAGGGUAUUGGAAGCUCAGACAGAAAGUGGAAGUAGUGAGGAUAAAGGAGGAGAUGAAGAGGAAGAGCCACCAAAAACAGUUGUUAAUGAGGUAAAAGAAGAUGAUGCCUUCUACUCGAAGAAGUGCAAACUGUUCUACAAAAAAGAUAAUGAAUUUAAAGAAAAGGGUGUAGGAACGCUGCAUUUAAAACCUGCAGGAAAUGAAAAAACUCAACUGCUGGUACGAGCAGACACCAAUUUAGGUAACAUACUAUUGAAUGUGUUGGUUCCGCCCAAGAUGCCAUGCACAAGAACGGGAAAAAACAACGUUCUUAUAGUCUGUGUUCCCAAUCCACCAAUUGAUGAGAAGAAUUCCACUGUCCCUAUCACUAUGUUAAUAAGAGUGAAAACAAGUGAGGAUGCAGAUGAGUUGCACAAAAUUUUACUGGAGAAAAAGGAGGCCUAAAAAUAUUGCAGUCAAAUGCUCUGAGAAAUUACUGCUAAACUGCUGCUACUCAUUUCUUUUUAACUGCUUAACUCUCUACUCUGACAUUCUA